AAUAAUUAUCUCUCUCUCUCUCUCUCUCGCUUUUACUGGGGGGAGGGGCGAAAUAUAAACAAGUCUUCACGAAGACACGCUUCAAACGCAAUCUACAGCUUCCAACACUGUCGGUACAUUCCCCUCUCUCUAUCUCUGCCCCCAUUUUCCGUUACGUUUAAUCCGUCGCCGUUUUGGUCUCUCGUCUUCGCCGCUUCUUCCUCAUUUCUCUCUUCUUCCGACGCCAGCCGCCGUGGAGCGAUGGAUUCGGAGCAGCGGCGGAAGCGGAGGCGGCCCGGCCAGCUGAAGCCCGGCCAGGUCUCUCCCUGGCCGCAGCUCUUCUCCCUCAGGUCCCUCGUCCUCUCCCUCUCCCUCUCCUUCUUCGUCUUCCUCCUCUUCAUCUCCUCCGACCGCUACCUCGUCAACUCGGCUGUCUUCCGCCCCGCCCUCAGCUCCUCCUCCACCCUUUCUCUCCUCUCCUCCUCCUCCUCCUCCGCCUCCGCAAUCGCCGGCCCCAGCAACUCCCUCCACGGCUUGGUAAACCACCGCCUCCUCUCUCUCCCCCACCGCGUCGAGGACCGCGUCCUGUUUCCCGACCACCUGCUCCUCCUCCUCGCCUCCCCGCACGGAAUCUACAGCCCCGAGAAGCUCGAGUGCGUCUACUAUCACCGGAGCAAUUCCACUGCAGAGAUCGGGAACCAGGAGCUCGCCACGGCACUGCCAUUGCUGUCCGCGGGUGCCUACGAUGAGUUCCGGUCGAUCGUCCGGUGCCCUCUCCCCCCGACGAACUACUCGGCUGCCGUGGAUCUGCGCCCUCGGGGUGAAGCGACGGCUGGCUACUCGAGGCCGCCGGAUCGGGCGGUUCACUCCUGGCAUAAAGUUGCUUACGAGGCGGCCCUGGAUGGGGACACGGCACUGGUGUUCGUGAAGGGGUUGAAUCUCCGGCCGCACCGGAGAUCCAACCCGGGGCGGUUCAGCUGUCACUUCGGGCUGGGCAACUGGGAGAGGAACGAUGGCCUGAUCCUCACUACAGAGGCCAUCGCCGCCGCGCAGGAGGUGGUCCGCUGUCUACUCCCGCGGAGCAUCCACAUCAACCCGAGCAAGGCCAACGGGAUCCGUGUCACCAUCGGCAUUCCCUCGAACUUCCAUGGCGGCGCUAGGAAGUCCUCUGUUCACGUCUCAGUGCCUUCUGUGGCUAAGAUUUACAGCUCAGGCAAGAAUUCCGAUGGAGGAGGAGGACCGAACACGAAGAGAAAGAUUUGCGCCUGCACGAUGAUGUGGAACCAAGCCUCGUCCUUGAGAGAGUGGAUCAUGUACCAUUCUCGGCUCGGAGUCGAGCGGUGGUUCAUUUACGACAACAACAGCGACGACAAUAUUAAGGAGGUGAUCGAGGAGCUCAACUCAGAGAAUUACAGUGUGAGCCGCCACGUUUGGCCCUGGAUCAAGACUCAGGAAGCAGGGUUCUCCCACUGCGUGCUGAAGGCAAGGGAGGAGUGUCAAUGGGUCGGUUUCUUUGAUGUGGACGAGUUCUUCUACUUCCCGUUCCCGAGCCGCCGCAGUAAUAAGCUCAGGGUCCGUGGGCAGGGGUCGCUGAGGGCAUUGGUUGCAAACUUCUCCUACACUUCAUCACCAGUCGCAGAAAUCCGAACAGCCUGUCACAGCUUCGGGCCAUCAGGGCUGACCUCGCACCCACCACAGGGGGUGACUGCAGGCUACACAUGUCGCCUCCAGCAGCCCGAGCGGCACAAGUCUAUCAUCCGCCCUGAUGCCCUGGAUACCACCCUCCUCAACGAGGUCCACCAUUUCCGACUAAAAGAAGGUUUCCGCUAUCUUAAUGUCCCUGAAAGCAUUGCCGUGAUCAACCACUACAAGUACCAGGUCUGGGAGACUUUCAGGGCAAAGUUCUACCGGAGGGUCUCAUCCUAUGUUGUUGACUGGCAGGAGAAUCAAAAUACGGGGUCAAAGGACCGGGCUCCAGGGCUCGGGACCGAGCCCAUCGAACCGCCCGACUGGAGGCUGCGGUUUUGCGAGGUGUGGGAUACUGGGCUGAGGGACUUCGUCCUGGCCAAUUUUGCAGACCCCACGACCGGAAAUCUUCCAUGGGAGAGGUCGCAACGGUAACAAUUACUGACCCGUAAACCGAUUCUCUCGUCAGAGCAACUGCCAAUUGCUGCAUUUAUAUGACUCCGACUCCGACUCCGACUCCGACUCCGACUCCAAGAGAAAGUACAGAGAUAAGCUGAUUCUUUUUAAUUCUUUUGCUCCACUUCUUGUACUUACUGAUGCAAACAGUAGAUUACAGGGAUGCUACACAGGUGUAAUUUUCCAAAGGUAUAGAUUGAUUCAUUUGUUCUUAUACUUUAACGAUAAAUUUCUUACUUGUUU